UGUAACCCGCGAUAGCAAAAUUCACAACCGAGGAUGGAAGGACGCGAAAAGGGCGUGAGAGAUGUGUAUAUUUGACUGAGCAAAGCUUAAAGUGUGCGGGUACAAAGAAAUCUUUCAUCGUUUAUAGCUGAAAGCGAUCACAAAUAGCUUUGUACCCGCUCACUUUAAGCUUUGCUUAGUCAAAUAUACACAUCUCUCACGCCCUUUUCGCGUUCUUCCGUCUUCGGUUGUGACUUUUGCUAUUGUGUGUUACAUUACAUUUACGCCCGUUAAGUAGUGUACUGUGGAAUUCAGCUGGUUGGAACACUAUUGUCGGUUGGGUGUAUAUUUUGAAUACUAAAGGCAUGUUUCUAUCCUAAAACCAAAAAGAAAUUCUCUAUAUAUAAAUAAAUAAUGCCUGACGAAACUAACGAAUUAGAAGCUUUUAAUUCACGUCAUGUUGUAUGCGAACUACCAGAGUACAAUAUUAAAAUAAAGUUCUUAUUUCUUCAAUUGAAUGGUUCCAUGUUUAUAUGGAUUGGUGAUGAAGAGGGCAGACUGUCUGGUUUAUCUGUGUGUUUACCGUCAAACGUUACUGAAUCAAUUCAACAGCAUAGUACAAUAAUUUAUUCAGUUAAUAGUAAUAAUAAUAAUGGUGUUCAAGCUGCUUGUCAUUCAUUUAGUGAAUAUGAAGAGAAUUUAUCUUGUAAACUAUCGAAACGUUUAAAUUGUCCUGUAUUUGUUAGUAUAAGUUUAUCAAAUGAAUAUAUUCCACUAUGGAAUAGUGUACACUUUACCACUGGAAGUACAUUUGGACAAGAAGUUGAACGUCAUUUAUUCAAAAAUCUUUCAUCUUUUGUAUUAUCGAAAUAAAUAAAUAUUGAAUAAAUAAAUAUGUAUAUGUAUGUCUAUCUAUCUAUUAA